CUCUGAUAUAAUCCGAUCGGCAAUCGCAGCUGCAAAAUAUUCAGCUCCAGAGACCGAAUACUGUCUGUCGCAUUGCGAAAAUACACUUCUUCUCUGCAAGGCUUGGCAUUCCGUAUCGCAAGCUCCAAUUUUUUUUCUUUUCUUCUCCGCAAUCUUACUUCCCAUUCAAACAUCCUGCGAAAGACACAAUGGCCCCCAAAUCAAAGAAAGUAACUACGCCGAGUAGUGAGACCAGCAGCUCUUCUUCUCCCGAAGUAUCAAAGAAGGCCGAGGUUUCCAGUUCGGAAUCGUACAACAGCUCCAACGAAAGCGACAGCGAUAAUGACAGCGUCGCCUCCGAGACAAAGGGCAAGAAGUCCUCCAAGGUCUCCUUCCAAACGCCGCAACCCUACAAGGCACCCUCGGGAUUCAAAUUCGUGAAAAAGCAGUCGCCCCCCUCAUCCAGCACUACCUCCCUUCUAUCCGACCUCCGCGGCAAGCAAGUCUAUCACAUCACCGCUCCUGCCUCCUUGCCUCUGUCGAAGGUCAAAGAGAUCUCCCUGAGCAAGGUCAUGAAAGGCGAGCCAGUCUUGAAGCAUGAAGGUGUGCAGUACGGCAUUCCUGCGGAGAGCAUCGCCAAGGGCGAUAUGGGUGGAAAGACACUUCUUCUAUAUGACUCGAAAUCUCAAACAUACUACACUACUUCGACCAACGAUAUCCGGAGCUACCACGUUCAAGAGUUGAUCAGCCUCCCCGAAAGAUCCGAGGAGAAUGAUACAGUUUUGGAGGCGGCGAAGGAACAGAUCAAGCCCCCAAGGAAGCAGCCCAAACACCUCAAAAUGCGUUUCCGACCUGUAGGAAGCGAGCAAGCGCCAGCAGAGACUCUUGGAAGCAGCUCGGAAGAAUCGGAGGGUGAACAGCCUACAUUUAAGGUGCCUAAAGGAUCGCAUAACGAAAAGGAAGAUAAGAAACGCAAGCAUCAUCAGACAGACGGAGGCAGUGCUCAGCCCAGUGCAGAACCGCGGAAGAAGUCUAAGAAGCAUCAAGAGGACGGAAUGGAUGGUAAGGCAGAGAAAACGAAGAAGUCGAGCAAGAGCAAGGAAGAGAAAAAGCGCAAGAAGUCCGAGAAGUCUGCUUGAGGGUGGUUGGGUGAAC